GAAAGCGAUUCGAUGCGAAGGAUGUAUGAGAUAUUUUCUGCUGCAAAAUAUACAAUUGCAUUGGUGUCCGGAUAACUGAAGCUGACCAAAACUGCAGAUGUUAGGAUUCGUUGAGAGAAGUAGAGCAGCCCUCGACAAGAAGGAGAAAGUUGUUGCGAGUAAGGGGGAUGAGACGAAAGACGCUGAGAGUAGUCUCGCUGCCGAAAAUUCUAUCUCUAAUCAGAGUGAUGUGCCAAGCGAUAUCGCGGACGGCAGAGGCAAUUCUCGUGGAAACUCCGGAAGGGGUCGCGGCGGAGGCAGGGGAGGCCAAGGCAAAGGAGGCCGUGGCGGAAUUACACGGGGAGGCUCUCGCAGUAGGUCAAGGGGGAGCGCUCGCAGAAAUGCGAGUGGAGGCCGCGGCGGAAGCUCGGAGAGAGGCUCUCACGGAGACUAGAAGAGAACUUUCGGCCAAGAGCCCAGCUGGCGAAGCCGCAAAAGUUCUGGCUACAGCUCGUGGGCGAAGAAACUCCAAGCCAGGCAAACCAGUUCACAAUAGACAUUUAAGUAACGAAUAAUCAUGAGUAGCAUUCUGACAGGCCUAGUUCACCUAGUGACUGCUCACUUGCAAUUGGAUUACGGUUGGC